AUGGAUAGACAAGACUAUAUUAUGCAAAUGAAAGCCUUGCUUAACGAUCAGUCUACAUACAGAAAAUUAAACAGAAACCCGUUGAAUAAAAUCACCUCGCAAUUAAACUGUUUAGUGAAAUCAUGGAAGAACAACGGUAUUAUUGACGCGAGGGCUUACAAUUUUCUGUACUGCACAAACGGUAACCUCCCCCGUUGCUAUGGACUUCCGAAGAUCCACAAGGAGGGCUAUCCGUUACGCAUAAUUGUAUCUGCGGUUGGAAGCCCUCUUUAUAAUAUUGCCUUAUAUCUGCAUAACAUUCUGAAUAAAGCAGUUGUGAAGCCGUCUUCCCAUGUUAAAGAUAGUUGGUCGUUCGUGGAGAGUAUGAAGCAACACAGCAUCCCCCCUGACCACGUCCUGGUCUCUCUCGAUGUCGUGGCGUUGUUCACGAACAUACCCACAGAACUUGUUCUGACUGGAAUCGAAAAAAGAUGGGAUGCGAUAUCGGGAGAGACCCGUAUGAAUCUGGACCAAUUUUUACACGCUAUCAGAAUGAUUCUUAACUCCACUAGUUUUUCUUUUGACGGUGAGUUCUACGAACAGAUCUUCGGUAGUCCAAUGGGUUCCCCCCUCUCGCCUAUUUUAGCCGAUAUCGUUAUGGACGAUUUGGAGACUUGCUGCCUUUAA